CCCCGCGGCCCGGUUUGUCGCGCUCCUGGGGCGGCUGGCGGCCAGGGGAGCCGGGUGUCCGGGUGCCCGGCGCGGCGGAGGCUCGGUCGGCGGUGGCACCCUCCCUGCCCCCUCUGGUGAGCUCCUCGCUGCAGCGCCGCCGCCUCGGAGCUCGGAUUUCUUCUCCCGGAACUUGGCUGUCCGCGCCGGCAUUUGGCGCUCAGGCCCAAUCUGGAGCUGUCAGUGCAGUUCGAGUUCGCGAUUUAUCUGCGCGCCCGGCCCGCGCUCCCCAGGGCUGCCUGCGCCAUGGCUUGCGCUGCCCUAGGGGACGUAUUUGGUGGCAGCCUCACUCUCUGGCACGCAGGUAUCCGCCCAGCCCCUGGGGCCGCCUCCCCCUCAGCGGGCGGAAGGAAGUCUGCCUACCUCUGCAAGGAAGAGGAGUAAAUUUGCCCCCUGGAAGGCUGCCCACCCGGCCAGGCCUGUCUUCCCUUUUCCGGUUGAGGAGCUACGGACAUCGCUGGACAGCCACGGUUCAGCUGUGCCUUCGGAGACCACUUUUCCCACUCAGGGUCUCUGAUUCCACCCUUGUGAGAGAAAGAAGUCCUAUGUGGAGCAGAAGCUUGCAAAUGGGUACCCUAAGAGUCAAACCAGUUUGCAGAUAGACAUGAACGAGCUCCAAUUUUAUUUUAUUUU